CGUACUCACUUCACCUUAUAUUCCGUGAGCGCGACAUCUUCAGUGCUCUUUCUUUUUUCGUGUUUACUUCAAUCGCCACAAAAACGCGACAUUAUCUGUCGCAAGAUUACACAAACUCUGCGGCUUUCUCAUGGUCAUGGAUGCGCAAUUACUGAAGCUCUCUUCUGCAUUUCCUUUCCCCGCACCUACCCCCAAACACCCUCUUAGUUUUCCUUCAUUCUUCAGCCUGGAGACUCGCAAUAAAUCAAGAAUUCACACCGGAAAAAAGGGUGCCACGUUCAGUGAGGAGGCUUACGAGUCUGAGCGCCUGAGGCUGGACGCCGCCGCCCGAGAAUCCAUGGCGCAAAAAUCUGAAAUGGAAGCCCAAGAUUCGGACGAUCCGAAGGCGUGGAAAUGGGUCAUCAGGAAACGGGUCUGGGACUUGAUGGAGGCACGGAACAUAGCCCAGUUCCCUAGGCCCGUUCACCAUCGCAUUCCCAAUUUUGUUGGGGCCCAUAUUGCUGCUAAUAAAUUAAGUGAGUUGGAGGUGUUUAAGGAGGCUAAUUGCGUGAAAGUGAACCCGGACACGCCCCAAAAGCAAGUCAGAUUCCUCACCCUUAAUGGUGGGAAAAAGCUUUUAACACCACAGCCACGUCUGAGAACCGGAUUCUUUUCUGCACUUGAAUACUCGAUGUUAAAUCCUAGCACGAUUAAGGAGGCAUGUACUUCUGUAGGAGUUGCCAAGUAUGGAAGACCAAUAGGGCUGGAUGAGAAGAUAAAAGUGGACUUGAUUGUCAUUGGUUCUGUUGCUGUUGACCCAAAGACGGGGGCAAGACUGGGCAAGGGUGAGGGAUUUGCAGAACUUGAAUAUGGCAUGCUACAUUACAUGGGUGCCAUAGAUGACUCAACACCAGUUGUCACAUCAGUGCAUGAUGAACAACUGGUUGAUGAUAUUCCCAUUGAGAAAUUGUUGGUUCAUGAUGUCCCUGUUGACAUCAUCUGCACUCCAACCCAAGUUAUUUUCACAAAGACAUCCAUUCCAAAACCUCAAGGAAUAUACUGGGACAAACUAUCUCCAGAAAAGCUUGGCCAAAUUAGGAUUUUGAGAGAGCUGAAGAGUAAAAUUGAAGGUGAAUCCGGGCAAAAGCUUCCCUGUGGCCCCUCUGAGAAGUUACCCCCUACAGCCCAAAGGAGACGCUGACCGAUGUUAAACUGUACAGAAGCUAAAAGAAUAAAAUGGAGAAACCAACUUCCACCUUCAAUAUCCUCCAGGAGCGGUCUCUUAACUGUGUCAGGCUUUAAUACUAUAUAGUUUUAGAAAUGUGUUCUGCAUGUAGUGACCAAUUUUUGUUUCUAAAAAGGAUUGUAGUUUCUUUCUUUUGGCUGUAGUCGAAAUAAUAAUCAAAAGAGAAUCUGCGACUAGAAUGAUAAAGUUAAGUAGAUUCUUCCUUUGCAGAUU